GAUAUCUACCGCGCCAACGGUUAGCAUUAGAUGUUACAGCGGCACCUAUACGGACUGCGGAGUACUGUAUAGCCAUGGCUGCGGUUUCUAUAGGUGGGUUUGGACUGAGCAGUGGAGUUCAUCUCCCAAAUCUCAAUAACCUAUCCAUCAGAAACCCCAAACCCAGAUUAAAACCUCUCAAUUUCACAUUCAGAUCAAGAAAUCUCGUGGUUUUCGCUGUCGGAGGGGAAAGCUUCAGCUUCUUACACGACGUUUUUCUGGGUGUUGGGGUGGGACUUCCUUGCACUGUUAUGGAGUGUGGGGAUGUAAUAUACAGGAGCACUCUUCCCAAACCCAAUGGGCUAACAAUAACUGUUCCUGGGGUGAUUUUAGCAUUGGGUACCCUUUCUUACCUCUGGGCAACACCUGGUGUGGCCCCUGGGUUUUUUGACAUGUUUGUUCUUGCGUUCGUCGAAAGACUGUUUAGGCCUAGUUUUAAGAAGGAUGAUUUGGUCUUGGGUAAGAAGCUGGGAGAGGGAUCUUUCGGUUCCGUUUAUAGAGUUUCCUUAGCAAGAAAGGGAUCAUCAAGGUUGAAGGACAGUGAUUUAGUUUUGAAAAAGGCAACUGAAUAUGGAGCAGUAGAGAUAUGGAUGAAUGAACGUGUCCGAAGGGCAUGUGCAAACAGUUGUGCUGAUUUCGUAUAUGGGUUCCGUGAGAGCUCUUCAAGAAAAGGGGCAGAGUAUUGGCUUUUAUGGCGCUUUGAAGGGGAAGCCACUCUCGCUGAUUUGAUGCAGAGUAAAGAUUUCCCAUAUAAUGUUGAAGCAAAGAUUCUUGGAAAUAAUAGGAACAUUCCUAAGGGACUGGAAAGGGAAAAUCGGAUCAUUCAAACAAUAAUGAGACAACUGUUAUUUGCAUUAGAUGGUCUUCACUCUACCGGCAUUGUACAUCGAGAUAUUAAGCCUCAAAAUAUUAUUUUCUCCGAAGGAUCCCGCACGUUCAAAAUUAUUGAUCUUGGAGCUGCAGCAGAUCUAAGAGUGGGCAUUAACUAUAUCCCAAAAGAGUUUCUUUUAGAUCCAAGAUAUGCUGCACCUGAACAGUGCAUCAUGAGCACGCAAACCCCGUCUGCACCCUCUGUUCCUGUAGCAGCUGCACUCUCUCCGGUUCUGUGGCAGUUGAAUCUACCUGAUAGAUUUGACAUCUACAGUGCCGGUCUCAUAUUCCUACAAAUGGCAUUUCCAGGGCUACGGAGCGACAGUGGUCUCAUACAGUUCAACCGCCAGCUUAAGAGAUGUGAGAAUGAUUUAGUGUCAUGGAGAAGGACAGCAGAGCCUCGUGCGGGCCCAGAACUGCGGAAGGGAUUUGAGUUGUUAGACGUUGAUGGUGGGAUAGGAUGGGAGUUAUUAACAUCAAUGGUUCGCUAUAAACCGCGCCAAAGAAUCAGCGCAAAGGCUGCCCUGGCCCAUCCUUAUUUUGACAGGGAAGGCCUUCUGGCAUUGUCCUUCAUUCAGAACAUAAAGCUCCAGUUCUUUAGACUCACACAGCAGGAUUACAGCGAAGCUGCCAAGUGGGCUAUUCAACUAAUGGCAAAGUCUGGAACCCAACAAUUCGGAGGCUUUACCGAAGCUCAACUGCAGGAGCUCAGGGAAACAGUGCCUGAGAUGAAGUCGAGUGCACAAAGAAAUGUGCUUGCAUCGCCACUUCGGCCUCAGAAAAAGAUCGUUGGGACAAGUAGUGCAAGUAGUGGUGACACCAAACAGAGAAGGAAACAGUCAUGGUGGAACAAAUGGAUUCCAAGCCAGGAACGAAAUCCAUAAAAUACAUCGAGAGUUGUUCUCACUUUUCUUGUUCAUUGUAAACAACUUAGUGAAGUUGUGGUGGGAAAAAGAUGGCUUGAAUUUGUAAAUACCCAAAUUCUAAUGUGUAAAUGUGGGGCAUUAUAUAGUAUGAACCAGUGCAGUGACAUUGGAUGUUGUUAGCCCCUUGCUCGUAGGACACGGGUCCUAUUUUGGAACCGUGACCAGCUUGUUUUGACCUCCCUUGUCACUUCCAAAUGGUCUCCGAAGUCUGGGAUGGGUAACAAGCCAUAUUUGUUUGUUUAACUCUGCUUCUAUGCCGUCUUAACGUCCAUGU